CCUGUGUAGCUCUCUCUCUCUCUCCCUGUGUAGCUCUCUCUCUCUCCCUGUGUAGCUCUCUCUCUCUCCCUGUGUAGAGCUCAGUGAGGGUCCACACUACAGGAGACCUUGGAAGCACUUCUUACUCACAGGGCCCAGAGCGUGUGUGUGAAGGCCAGCUGAGCAGCAGGAUGGCUGGUCAGAUCUGCUGGCUGACUGCAGUGGUGCUGCUGUGUGUGAAAGGAUCCCUCUCCACUGACCUGCAGGCCGACAACCUUCACCUGCUGCCCUUGCAGGACCACCUGCUGGUCCUCAACCAGGGCCUUAAAGCCCCCAGGGACUGCCAUGAGCUGUGGCAGAGCUCCAGGAGCCAGGCCAGGGACGGCGUGUACCUCAUCCAGCCUGGGGAAGCCCCCAUCCUGGCCUACUGCGCCAUGCAGGAGGGGGGCUGGACCGUGGUGCAACACAUCACCGUCAACAGCAGCGUGGACUUUGACCGCAGCUGGUCUGAGUACAGGCAGGGCUUCGGACUCCUGACCGGGGACCACUGGCUGGGGAACCAGGCCUUGCAUCAGCUGACCCAGGGGCCUGGCCGCUACACGCUGGGGGUAAAGCUGGUGGACAGGGAUGCCGUCACCAAGACGGGGCAGUACGAUCCCUUCCUGGUGGAGGGGGAGGCGGCGGGCUACAGGCUGAGGCUGGGGCUGUUCCAGGGGACGGCCCUGGACGCCCUCACACAGGACACCGAGAACUAUCUCCACGACAACCAGAAGUUCACCACCAAGGACCGCGACAACGACAACUACUUCCAGAACUGUGCUAAGCUGGAGUUCCAGGGCGUGGCGGGGGGUGGGUGGUGGUAUGAUGCCUGCGCUGGCGCCAACCUCAACCGCAGGAAUGUGAUCUACUGGCAGAAGGACUGCAACAAGGAGCACCUGUGUAAGUACGCCUGGAUGAUGGUGAGGCCCUCGGAGACUGUGAAGGUGGUCCGCACUGGAGACUGCCAGAAGGAUGAGCUGUGAAGGACUAGGGGACUGGAGGCCGGAUUCAGUCAUAAAUACAUACUACCAGGGCCGGCCAAAAGCUUAAGCGAACUAAGCGGCUGCUCAGGGCCCCCGUGGCCACCGGAGGGCCCCCAAGAGCACAUGAAAUUACAGUUUAAUGUAAUUGUAAUAAAAAAAAUAUAUACUUAAAAAAAAAUCAAAGCAGAAAGUAGAGGCGAGACCAGCCAGCUAGUUAAUACAAUGAUAGUUAAGUACCAAAGGCAGAUAGCUGGCUAACUAGUGAGGCAGGACUGGAGCUGCCGUUUAGUGACGCUCAACAAUCUGAGAUAGGUGUUCCUGCUUUGACACGUUUAAUUCAGAAAUUAAAAUACAGAAAUAUAUGAUCACAUAAUACUGUAAACAUACUGUAUCAACAGAUUCAUUGCACAUUUUUCAAAAUAAGAAAAGGUGUAUUCAUUUUUGAUACUUUGUACACCAAUGAGACUCCUUUCUGCAGUUUUCUGUGUUUCUAUUUUAUCACAAAAAAGGUUGUUGUCAAGCCAUCGUACUGUAGUUUACUAAAGAUGUAAAAAAGCUUUUGCAAAUCAGUAUUUGGACUCCUUCAAGUGUUGUUGAAUGUUGAAUGGACGGUGUCAGGAGUACAUGACAUGAAGUGAUUAUACUUUGAUACCUUAAUGACAUCAUG